CUUCUACACCAUUUCUAAACAUUGACCAUGACCUUAGAACAAGAACUCUCCACGGUUCCAGUCUCGACAGUCUCCACGGCACCUCCCUCUGGCAUCUCCCCUACACCACUCCCGGGCAUCUCGAUGACGGUCUCAGAAAUAUCCACUUCACGAGUGGAAGCAAGCCCUGUGUCAUCCUCAGGGCACAGCGCCAGCCUGACUGUCCCCCAGACCUCACCCACGAAAAGUGGCGUGCAGCCGACGACGACCACCUCCACCACCUCCAAGGCAGCGGCCAGCUCGGACACUCACGGUCCCAGUAGCGGGCUGUCCCCCGGCGGUAAAGUGGCUCUGGGGGUGUGCAUCACCGCCAUCCUGUUGGCGGGGGUCAUAGCAGCCGUCGUCAUCUAUCGUCGGCGGUUCCAGUUAAGCCGGUGGAGGCUCGUGGACUCUGUCGCCUACAAACCGUGGUCCUAUUCCAAUGGAAGCUACCUUGAUGACGAGAAGGUGCUGAUCAAAUCAGCCAGCGAGCCCUGACGUGGCGUGCGGGUGCUCAACGAUGCAUGACAAGCCCCUGAAGUCGGCUCACUCAGGUGAAGUCAGCUAGAGCUCCAUAACCCUGGGGGUUGGAACUUUCCACUGACCCGACGAAAGCCUUCUAUACGUGAAAAACAUCCGGGGUCCUGCUGUGACCGACAUUUCAGGAUGGUUUAAAUAGACGACCGUUAAAAAAAAACAUGGUGAUACUCCUCUGCUGUAAUGGCAGCGAGCAUGGUUCGUGUUCACCCUCUUAAGAAAAGCAUAUUACGAUCUGUUUUCCUUCAAACUGUGCCAAAUCGCAACACAAUUAAAUAAAUGUAAAUCGAUUGUGCAAGUAAUGCCAGCCAUUGCACCAGUUGAUCCACGUCUAGUGAUGUUUUCCUUUAGCCAGGUCCCAGCUUGAUGGUUGUUGAUGCAGGCCGACAUCGGAUCGUAGUUAUUACCAUGCUCAUCCUCCGCCAGUCGUUGUGGCAGGUUUUGCUGUGCCAACAUUGGCCUACAAGCUUCGUGUGACAUGCAAAAUUAAAUUGUUGGAGUUUCAUGAUCAGAUUUCGGGUAUAUCCCUGUAUCCCACCGAUUGUCACAAAAAUCUGUCAAAAUAUCUUUAUUUGUUUUUCUUUUUUUCUUUCUUUUUGUGUUU